AUGCGCAACGAGCUGCUACCCAAGCACAAAGCCGUCUACCAACCUCUCCCCACCCCCUUCCAACUCUCCAACGAAAAGGCCAACGUAUCCUUGGUCGAAUCACAACUCGAAUCUGCACAGGCAGCACUAGAAGUCCAACAAGCCAGAGACGCUCUGUCCAAGGAGCUCGGUCCUCUCCAGUUGCUGAGCCUGCGAAGGAAGCUCGAAGUCGCUCCUCCCGUCGUCUUCGCCCGACAGACAACCACCAAGUUCAGACCGUCGGCGUCAGUGAGCGGCGAGACGGACCUGCCCAAGCCUGCACUUGGUAUCCAGGGAAGCAUCUCGACCAGCGACGUUGUCGACUUUUUGAGGCAGCAAGGCGCAUUCGACCUCGAGACCGACUACAGCGAAGAAGGAAAGCCGGUACAGCUCAACAGGCUGACGCUAGCGCAGAUCAACACCGCUUGCGAUUUUGUGCUGGUCGCUGAAUCGCAGAACGAAACCGACUCGGUCGACAAGCUCGGCCGCAUCAAGAAGACCGGUCGAUACACGCUCGUCGCUCACAUCUUGCCGUCCAAUACCCGCGCUCGCGUUCCCGUCAUUGUUCGACCCACCGUCGCCUCUUCGACCACCGCUUCCACCGCAUCAGCAUCCGCACCAGCUUCUUCCGCCAUCAUGUCAGGCCAGACGCGCGGAUACGCCACUUCCACAAAACCCACCAGCAUGGAGUCGUCGAUGCGCUCCAAACUCGAAGCCGAAUUCGGUCCGCAAGUUGAGGUCAACAUCCGCAACGAUUCGAGCAAGCACGCCCACCACGCCGCCAUGGCUGCGCAGGGCGGCGGCAAUGGCGAGACGCACUUCUACGUGCACGUCGUCUCGGACAAGUUUUCGGGGAUGACGCAGAUCAAGCGUCACCGCGCGGUGAAUGCGUUGUUGCAGGGCGAGUUCGAUCGCGGGUUGCACGCGUUGAGCUUGAGGACCAAGACUUGGAAGGAAGAAGGCAGGACCACGCCCGGGGUUCAAGCUGAGGGAGAGCAAGAAAGCACUGUGAGCAUUUAG